CGUACACCGAACUUCCCUCGGGCGGACGGAAACGGCACAUAAUAUCAAAACAAUCUACCAAUAUCAAGUUCUGCAUCUUUCAUGGUUUGUUGCCUGAUUGGCUAGUCAUCUUUGAUUCUCCUGUUUGCUUCGGAAAAACGGUUAGCGAGUGUUAGCUCAGUGCUAACUCUAGUUUUCUCGGAGGACGUCACUCGGCGCUCGCGCGUCUUCUUCACUCUCCCCGUCCUUUGGUCGCGUGCAUCAUGGGAGACGACGCCUUCACGGACAUUAAUGGGAAAUCCAUAUCUCUGGACUGUCAGAGCCACUCCAGCCUCUGCCGGGAGUUCAUCGUCAGCUCCCCCAAAGUGUCCAUCGGCAAGGUGAUGGUGUACACCUGCUGCGUGUGGCUCGUAGCGUACGCAGUGUUCUUCUUCACGGAGAACACCACUGUCCUGUCCAGUGCCAUUCUCAUCACCCUGGUCGGCAUGAUGCUUCACAUCCACUUUGUGAAGGUGGACCACGAGUCCCUGCUCGUCAUCGGGUCCCUGGGCAUUCAGUUGUCCUCCAGCUACGCCUCUGGCCGCGAGACCACCACUUUCAUCGAGAGGAGCAAGAUCAAGGACAUAGUCAUCAAUGAAGCAAUUUACAUGCAUCAAAUCAUCUACUACCUUUGUGUACUGUUGAAGGAGCCCUCGGAACCUAAUGCAGUGUCGAGCGUUGUGCCGUUGUUUCAGAGUUCAAAGCCUCGACUGAACUGCCUGGAGAAAGUUUACAGAAGCUGUCAGGAAGUUCUUUCAAAGUGCUGAUGACGCACACGUCAGACGUCAGCAAUGUUUCUAGUUGUACCGCAUGCUUUUAACAUUUCUUGGCUCAAGUCAUUUUAUUUCCAGUGGUGUUAGGCUUAUUUAUUUAGUUUUUGUAUAUUUAAAUUUACUUUGAUGAUCAGCGUAUUUUCCCAUGAAUGGUUUCCUUUUUGUGUCAUAAUGACUUCAUGGUAUCUAUAAAUGAAAUUUAUCAUUAUUAUUAUUACUUUGUUCUAUAGUCACUUGAAUACCUUAUGCAAAAAUAGCACCAGUCUGUUGGUCUACAACAAAUUGUUUAAACAUAGAGAGCCAAACUUUUUAACUUAAAUGUUUCUUGUUUUGUUAAUGUAUUUUUAACCGACACUGUAUAAAAAUAUAUUCAUUUUAACAAUGAUACUUUUUAUAACUAUGCCAAUUUCGAUACAUUACAAUCAUCUUCACACUAUCUUUUGAUAAAAAAUAAGUUUGAUUAAUCUAUCCAAUAGCUAUUCUGCUUAUCAUUAUGUGGAGCUAAUCCCUGCAAACAUUAAGCGAAAGGUAACACCCUGGACAGGGCCAACAUGACAAUCAGUGGUCUGUGGUCUGUGAACUUUACUCUACUUCCCCAGUAGGGGGCAGCAGCACACUUACUCAAGCUCAUAUACUCUAUUAAUGGGACUGAAGGAAACCUAUCAAACUUAUCAGUUAUUAAAAAAGGAGACGUGUAUCAAUUCUGACAAAAUAACUUUUGUCUUAUGGCCAGUUUAUCCUAGUCUCUGUUUGUCCAGUAUUAAUAACAUAAGCAAAUUGCUGAAAUUAAUUACAUUUAUUAUAUUCUUUAUAGGUAACGUCCAUAUGUUCUUCCUCAAAAAUAUUCUCACUUCCUCAUAACUAUACUAAAUUUCAUUAUGACAGUUGGCUGUGUUUACCUCAACCAUCUGUCACCUUCCUUCUGACUGUAGAUGUUGCCAAAUCUUAUUUCCUAAGAGAAAUAUUACUCUAGAUUAAUUCACAGACGUAAAAUACACUGGCAGCAUGUGUAGGAUGAAUUUCGGAAAAUAAGUGCUGUUGCUGAGGAAUGACAAUAACAGUAUCGACAUUAGCUGCUGAUUGGAAUUCAUAGAAUGCAAAUACUGACCUAGCACAACUCCCCCCCCCCCCAUGAAAUGUUAUGUAACGAAGUUUGUUUUUGAACUCACAAUUAAUGUCAAUGUCAAAUAUGAUUUAGAUUGCACCUAAGCAAGAGCUUAGCAGAACUCAGUCAAUUACAUGUGUAAACAGUUUUCACAGUAAACCACUUACACUGAUGGUGUGUUCAGUAUUUUCCACCAGGAUGAGAAAGCGUUUUUCAAAAAUGACUUGCGGUUAUACCCUAUUUCAUAACAGUGGGACUGAAAGUGUAAUGGGUCUCAAACUGCCUACAGUUCAAAGUUCAGAGCCCGUGUUUCCCACCCAGGCCUUGUUUUUUCCACCCAUUCUAAUUCUCGACGACCAUCUGCAGCUCCUGGUCAGACCCGUGUGUGAACUCCGUGCUCCACAGGACGACACACCAGGCAGAGGGGUGUGACUUUAACGGGGCGAAGCAUUAUGCUGCUGUGAAGAGUGGCCCUCUGCCGGGAUAAUGGUCCCUCUCGGAGGUGUGAAAUCGCCAGGAACCAGGCAGAGGGGGAAACCUGGGAGUGACCAGGAAUGACACCUCAGGGCCUCAGAAUAGGCCUCAUAAACCAGCAGAAACCCCCCCCCCCCAUCCCCUCGGUGUAAAUCACAGGUGGGGUGAAGGUUUGGUCCAGCAGUAACACUGCAAGACUUUCUUCCAGUGUGGACUAAUGACAGUCAUUGGAGCAGACUGUUAAUCGUACUUGUUUAUAAUAGGGUUGAAUUGCCACAUUAACCUUUUUUGGUUCAUGAUGUCCUUUACUUUAAAACACUUAUCAGGAAAAACUGAACUGUUGUCCUCGUUACUGCUGGUUCACAUUGUGCAGUAGACGUGGAGUUCUCCAUUAUCUUAAUGGUAUCUGUGUAAAAUCAGCUUAUGGUGUUAAGGGUGUGAGAAUCUCGUGGUUUAGUAGGAGAGGAGGGAUUAGCGCCCUGCUGAGAUGGGGAGUUGCCCCUUUACCACCUGCAGUGCACACACACACACACACAAAUCCACACAUACAAAUCUACACAAACAAACAUGACGGUGUCAAACAUUGUAGUCCCGUAUUUUGGAAAAUACAGUCAUACUCUCUUCUAGGGCUAGGCUAUUUCUCAUUGCAUAUCUGUAAGUUUCCUGUCUUUUUCUGGAAAGUGCUCCUAGAGGAGAAAUUGUAGGCCACAUAAAUCUGUAAAAUUGUGAAUUCUACCUUUUAAAAAUUAUGGAUUAAACAAAUUAGAUGUUAAUUGGUGAGCUUCACUGAUUGGUGGACAGGUCCAACACAGUGGAUUUAACCAGAAAUAUGUAAAAACACCAAUAAAGUUUACAGAUUUGAA